AUGGAGGUGUACGAAUGGACGCCGAAGAACAUUGACACGAUCGAGUUUGCCACUCUGAAAGCACCGUAUUAUCAUGGGUUGUUGUCGCGCGAAGAUACCUCCGAAAUGCUAAAAGAAAGCGGGGAUUACCUGGUGAGAUACACGGAAAACGAAAAAGAGAAAAAGUUCCAGCUGGUACUGUCUGUUUUGGCAUCUCAUGCUGGUGGAUUGACAAAGGUAAGCUAGUUUAACAAUUUAAGGCCUAUAAAAGAUAAAAUAAUGUGUAUAUUGCGAUACUUUUAUUAAGUUACGUUAUAUGGUAACAAAGUUAUAAAGCAUUUAAAAAGACCGAAACUUCACAAAAAAUGACAAUUGCUCCCAAAAAAUUUGAUUUCCAGAUAUUAAACUUCAAGAUAGACGCAUCAGAUCAAGGAUUAAUGCUCAUAGGCACCCAGAAAUCCUAUCCCACGUUAGAAAAAUUGAUCUCAGCUCUGGUUCUCAUCAGAACAACCAACCCCAACAUCUUGACAUCCACCAUCCCCUAUCUCCUGAAUCCGGUACUGAUAAAACCAUGGGAAGUUCACCACGAAGAGAUAACACAAAACAACAGGAUUUGUGAAGGUCAGUUUGGUGACAUCUACUCUGGCACAUUGAACUUGCCGAAGAAAGAGCCCCAGAAUGUGAUUGUCAAAGUGAUCAACUUGGAUGGAAAAGCUAAACUACAGGUCAGAGAGUUCUUGAACAAUGUAAGUUUUGACUUUUAUCCCAUCGUAUAUUAAAAUAGUGACCAAAAGCAUCUAAUUUUCAAACAAUACCCGGCUAACUACAAUUAAAACUGUUAUUUUUAUAUCAUACUCUUGUUACCUACUACAAUAUCACUAGAAUGCGCUCAAUUUCAGGCCAGAAUGAUGCGCAUCCUCAACCACAAUAACAUUCUCAAGUGCUACGCUGUAGCUCCUUUCUACAGUCCCUAUCUGAUGGCAUUGGAAAUCGCUGGAGAUGGAGGUUUAAAGACUUGUCUCAGAGCUUCUGAAGUCGAUAACAGACAGAAAAUUAUGUUUAUGACCCAUGCUGCUUGUGGCCUCGAUCAUAUACACAAGAACAGAAUCCUACAUCGAUAUAUAGCGGCUACAAACUGCUUGGUUCAUGGAGAUUGUCUGAAGCUGUCCGGGUUCUCUUUAGCCAUCAAAGCAGAAGCCUUCAAGAUCAAAGUCGAUCACAAACUGCCUUUCAAAUGGUGAGCCAUCUUUUUUUAGCAAAAGUUUAGAUCUUUACUAGAUUUUUCAUUACACCCUGUAUUGACAUGAAAUAAAAUUCCCUUUACUGCCAAAAUCAAUAAAUUGAAGUAAAAUAUAACUUCAGGUGCUCUCCUGAAAGCUUGAUAACCACUACCUGGACUCAAAAAUGUGAUGUUUGGUCCUUUGGAGUUUUAUGUUGGGAGAUCUUCUCAAAUGGAGCAGAACCGUAUGGAUACCUCACGUCAGUCGAACUUAUUAAAAAGGUGAGUUAAUGAUCUUACUCUAACAAUGAGAUUUCAAGCUGAAAAGUCUUCAAAAACUAUUAGAAACAGCUAACUUGAAAGCCAAUACUCUUAAAACCCUAAAUUUAGAUUCUAAGAGGCGACAGACUAACGUUCCCCGACAACACACCAUCAGAAAUGGUGGAAUUCAUCAACAAGAAUAUCUGGUCAAAAGACAAGGAACGUUUCACAGCCGCGGAAGUGCUCCAAUCUCUGGAAGAAAUGGUCAGAACCAUCACUGACAAGGACAAGAAAGCAAACUCGUCCCCGGAAAAGAAUGCUAUCAGUCCAGUAGAGAUAAAAGCGGAAAGCCCAGUAGAAAAGGCAGAAAAGAAUGCCAUAAGCCCGAUAAGUCCAGCCGAGAAGGACAAGAAGCUAGAAAAGAAUCCCGUCAGUCCAAUAAGUCCAGCCGAGAAGGAUAAGAAGCCAGAAAAGAAUGCUGUUAGCCCAAUGGAAAAGGAAAGGAGGGACAGGACAGUGGAGAAAAAAGAAAGGACGGUGGAAACUGAUCUAAAUGCUCCAAUAAAACCAGAAAAGAAAGUAUCAGAAGCCUCGUCGAAGAACAAGAACCUGUCGUCAAAGAAAUACAAAAAGGAGUCGAAGACGGACCCGUCCACGAAGGUAUCCAUGAAGGUGAACAAGAAAAAGAAGAAGAAAGACCUGAAAGAACUAACUCACGUAACACGCGAAAAAUAA